AUGUCUUCUUCUUCUUCUCCCGCGCCGGUGGUCCCGACGCCGCGGAAAGACGCCGCGCCGGCAGCGGCAACAUCAGCAGCAGCAGGAGGACCACCGCCACCGCGAUCGGGUGGUUCGUCGUCAUCGGCAUCAGCACAACAACAACAACAACAAGGAGGUGGAGCUCCGAAUGUUCAGCAAACACGAUCGUCGCAAGAUGGACAUCAGCAGCAGCAACAACAGCAGCAGCAGCAGCAGCAGCAACAUCAGCAGCAGCAACAACACAACAGAGGUCCUGGCGGGCCAAACGUCAUGGGUGGAGGACGAGGCCCUGGGGGUAAUUUUAACCCAAACUUUAUGAUGGGAAGAGGUAUGGGCGGCCAACAAGGCCAAGGCGGCGGUCGAGGCCAAGGCGGCAUUCCCGUGCAACAAGGUCCUCCGAUGUUUGUCCCGUACGGAGGGCCGCAAGGUAUUCCGAUGGGAUCGUAUCCCGGCGUCGGCGGCGCCGGGAGAGGCAUGCCGCAAGGGAUGCAUCCGGGGAACUACAUGCAAGCGCAGAUGGCGAUGGCGGCGCAGGCACAGAUGUUGCAGCAGCAAGGCAUGCGCGUGGGACCGCCGCCGGGUGGCGUUGGAGGCGUACCUGGUGUCGGUGGUGGAUUACCGAUUGGUGGCGGCGGCGGCGGUGGUGGCGACGGCGCGCCUCCGGCGGUGGCGCCGACGCCGGUGAGAGAACGCAAACCGAUUAAGAUUUUCAACCCGAACACGAAAGCCGAGAUCAAGAUUGAAAAGUCCGAGGAGGUGAUCAAAGCCGAAGCCGAGGCGAAGAAGAGGAAAGAAGAGGCGGAUAAGAAAGCGGCGGAAGAAAAGGAGAAGUUAUUGGAAGCGGCGCAGAAGCAGCAACAGCAACAGCAGCAACAACAGCAGCAACAGAGCAAGUCUGCGGCGCAAGUCGUCGCCGCUGCGGCGCAGCAACAAAAACCGCCAGCGGCGACGCCAUUGAGUCCACAACAAGCACCGCCUCCGUCAGUGGCGGCUCCUUCGCAACCUCCGGCGCGUCCAAGUUUUGCAAACUUGGCGGCGAAGAAACCGGCGCCGCCACCAGUUGCCGCGGCGCCGCAGAAAGCGCCCGAGUCUUCUCCGGCUGUAACGUCGUCGCCGCAAAAACCAGCGGCGCAACAGUCACCAGCGAAAGUGUCCGCGGCAGAUGUCGUGAAAUUGGCCGCGGAAACGGCACGGAAAGCGUCGAUUUCAGACGCUCCUCCGCCGACUGCGGCGUCUCCGCAAAAGCCGGCACAUCCUCCGUCGGCGCCGCCGCCAUCCUCGUCGGCGAGAGCGCCGGAGCCGCCGAAGCCGGCGGGUGCGCCGAUGCCACCGCAAGGCGCGCCACCGCCCCCACCGCCCAAAGAUGAGCCGAAAAAAGUGACGCCUUCUUCUGGAGAUGCAGUCGCGGCGGUGGUGGAAGCGCGCGCCUCUGCGGCGCAAUCGACACUUCCCGAAGCGACAAUGGCAGAGAAGCCGGCGGAUGGAAAGUACACCGAAGAAUUUUUGCGUUCUUUGAUGGAUUCUCCGUACAGCACAACGAAGUUUUUGAAAGGAUUUGAAGUUCCAUCGGACGUGGAUUACUGGCCCGUGCCUGGAUUUAUCGUACCGCCGGGCGUACAAUCGUCGCAACAAAGAAAUCAGUCGCGAGGCGGCAGAGGCGGCGGCGGAGGUCGUGGCGGCGGCGGCGGCGGCGGCGGAGGUGGUGGAGGCCAAGGUCAACCGAACUGGGACAAAGGUGGCAGAGGCGGUGGCGACGGAAACUGGGAGCACCGCGGUUUACCGGACGAACACAACAAUCGUCGCGGAGGCAACCGUCGAGACGGUGGGUACGGAAACAACAACCAAUACCGCGGUCCGCCGCCGGGCGUCGUCUUGCCGGAGUUGCACAAGACGGAGAAUGUCUACGUCAUCGGUAAAGUCCAAGACGAAGAGGAGAAGAAGCAAAGAGAGUUCAAGAGUUUACUCAAUAAACUCACGCCGGAAAACUUUGGGAAGUUGUUGGAGAAGGUUGUCGACGUCGGCAUCACCGAGCCAAAGACUCUGAUGGGUUUGAUUGGUCAAAUGUUCGAUAAGGCGUUAUUGGAACCGAUUUUUUCGGCUUUAUACGCGGACAUGUGUGCAAAACUUUCCGAACGAUUGAUCAAAGAUAACGUCCAGUUUAUCGACACCGCGGCGCCGGAAGGUCAAAACCAAAUCACGUUCAAACGCGUCUUGUUGAAUAAGUGUCAAGAGGCGUUUGAAUCUGGCGACGCGCAAAUCAAAGCGAACUAUAAACUCGUUGAAAAACACAAAAAGGCUUGUAAAACACCAUUAACGAAAGAAGACGCCGAAAAAAUCGCGAAAGAGGAAGCGAGUAAAGACGGCAGCGCGGACGUGAAACCGGAAGAUUUGGAAGAAGGCGAAAUCGCCCCGACGCCAAAAGUGAAAACGCUCGAAGAACUUGAAUUGGAUCGAAGACGCGAAAUGAAUCGAUUAGAGGAAGAGUUGUUGAAAUCGCGACGACGGAUGUUAGGGAACAUUCGGUUUAUCGGCGAACUCUUCAAGAAGUCCAUGCUCACGGAGCGUAUCAUGCACACGUGCAUCCAAAAGCUUCUCAAGGAAGGUGAAGCCGGAAAAGAUGCAGCUGCCGCCGCCGGCGGCGAUGACGACGACGACGGGCCGAGUGAACCAGACGAGGAAGACGUCGAAGCCUUGUCCAAGCUCUUAUCCACCGUUGGAGCGAUGAUUGACCACCCGAAAGCCGAGGCGUACUUGAACGCCUAUUUCCGAAGAAUUGAGACGUUGACGAAAGCGCCGCACUUGAGUUCGCGACACCGAUUCAUGUUACAAGAUGUCAUAGAAUUGCGUCAGAAAGGUUGGAAAGAACGUCGUGCAGCAGAAGGUCCGAAGAAAAUCGAUGAAAUUCAUCGCGACGCGCAGCGACAGGCUAUGGAGCAAGCGAGAGGUGGCGAUCGACGCGGCGGUGGAGGUAGCGGCGGGUCAGGGAGAGAGCGCGGAGGCGGUCCUGGCGGACCCGGUCUUCGUCGGUCCGACUCGCGAUCAUCCACGAGUAGAUUAGAUGGUGGUGGUGGUAGAGAUGGUGACCGGCGCGGCGGCGGUAGAGAUGGUGAUUCUAGAAGUAGUAGCAACAGAAAUAACAGCAGCAAACCGAGUGAGCGACCUCGCAUCGUGCAAAAACCGAGAGGCUCUUCCAUUUUAGGCGGCGGUUCCGGCGGCGGUAGCGGUGGCGGUAGCGGCGGCGCAGAUGUCGACUUCAAAGUCGUCGAAGGCCGCUCCAACCCACCGUCGCGAUCGAACACGCCAAAGAUCAACACCGGUAAAGGUGGUGAAUCGAAAGACGAUUCCAGUCGUCCGGAAACUCCGAGAAGCGACAUAGACUCUGAGUUUGACGAUGAUGCCGGAAACGAGGAAGCACGCAAACGCACGUUAGAAUACUUUUUGGACGAUAAAGACGUCGGUGAAGCGAUUAAAUCCAUCUCCACGUGGAAUAACGCUAAGAUUGGCAUCUUCAUCCAACAGUUGUGCACGGUUGGUUUUGAGAAACGAGGCAUGGAAUGGGAAGCGUGCGAAGAUUUAACCCGAGAACUUUCUCGAUCCGGGUACUCCGACGCCGUCUUAGACGGCAUCGCAGAAAUCUUCAACGAAUUGGAAGAUGUCCUCUGCGACCUCCCGAAAGCCGAUUCCAUCUUAGCCGGUUUAUUAGCCCACUCGUUAGCCGACGGCACGAUCAAACUCGCCGACGUCGCCAAGGCGUUGGAAGCCGCCAAACCCGACGGCGGCGACGACGGUCACGUCGUCAAAGAAGGCUACGCCUUGCCCUUGCUCUGUAAACUACUCAUUCGCGUCUCGAAGAUUGAAUUAGAAGACUCCGUCAAAGCCGACGCGCACGCUUUAGUCGAAGAAGCCAACUUGGACUUGUUGAAGUUUGUCGCCGAUUUCGAAGACGACAAAGAGAAAGCUUUGGCGACUGAAAUCGCGCACUACGAAGGUCUCAAAGAGAUUCUGGACGGAGAUUAA